UACCAUAGCAACCCACGAGCCGGCACUAAGCCGGCCUCGCGCAGAGCUCGCGGCCCCGCUGAUUCUAGGCUGGACCCUACGCGGAGACCACGACAGUGGGGCGGCCGAGCCACGAUGCCCAGUGAAACUCUCUGGGAAAUCGCAACAGCUGAAGUGGAAAAACGGGGAAGUAAUGGAAGUGAAGGCAAUGGAGUUGAAACUGGAGAAAAGUCUGUUUUCUUCAUUGGCAGUAAAAACGGGGGAAAGACUACUAUUAUUCUAAGGUGUCUUGACAGGGAUGAGCCAGCAAAACCAACCUUAGCCUUGGAAUAUACAUAUGGAAGGAGAGCAAAAGGACAUAACAUACCAAAAGAUAUUGCUCAUUUUUGGGAACUAGGUGGAGGAACCUCUUUACUGGAUUUAAUCAGCAUACCAAUCACAAGUGACACCUUACGGACAUUUUCUAUUGUUCUUGUUUUGGACCUUUCGAAACCUAAUGACCUUUGGCCCACCAUGGAAAAUCUGUUGCAAGCCACAAAACUUCAUGUAGAUAAAGUGAUGAUGAAACUGGGGAAGAAAAAUGCUAAAGCAGUUUCUGAAAUGAGACAGAAGAUAUGGAGCAAUAUGCAGAAGGACCAUCCAGAUCGUGAAUUAAUUGACCCAUUUCCAAUUCCUCUGGUCAUAAUUGGAAGUAAAUACGAUAUUUUUCAGGAUUUUGACUCUGAGAAGAGGAAGGUAAUAUGCAAGACACUUCGAUUUGUUGCACAUUAUUACGGAGCAUCAUUAAUGUUUACCAGUAAAUCAGAAGCUCUAUUACUAAAAAUACGUGGAGUUAUUAACCAGUUGGCAUUUGGCAUUGACAAAAGCAAAUCAACAUGUGUGGAUCAGAAUAAACCACUGUUUGUCACAGCAGGAUUGGAUUCUUUAAGUCAAAUAGGAUCUCCUCCCGUUCCUGACAAUGACAUUGGAAAGUUUCAUGCCCAUUCACCAAUGGAAUUGUGGAAAAAAGUGUAUGAAAAGCUCUUUCCACCAAAGAGUGUCAACACAUUAAAAGAUGUCAAGGACCCUGCAAGAGACCCUCAGUAUGCUGAAAGCGAAGUUGAUGAAAUGAGAAUUCAGAAGGAUCAGGAACUGGAACAGUACAAAAGAAGUUCUUCCAAGUCUUGGAAACAAAUUGAGCUUGGUUCCUGAACCUAAUGCAACUAGAGGGUAUUUAUUUCUUCUUUUCCAAAUAUAAGUAAGAUUAUUUUAUUACUUAAUAUUAUAUUAAUAAGUGAGGAAAGUCUACAUGUGUAAUUUGUUAAAGGAAAAGUGGAAUUUCUUGUAUUAGUGCAACUCCCUGCAUACUUUUAACUCUCUUAAAAGGGAAAACUUUGUAUAAUUACAUGCAAUAUUUUUUUAAAAAUAAAAAAUCUUGCAGGACCUACCU